UAAUGAAUCGGGAUAGACCAAUUCUGUGGACUUCUCGCAAGGUGUGGCCAUGGGUCUAUCGGGGUUGACCGAUUCUGUGGACUUCUCGCAAGGUGUGGCCAUGGGUCUAUCGGGGUUGACCGAUUCUGUGGACUUCUCGCAAGUUGUGGCCAUGGGUCUAUCGGGGUUGACCGAUUCUGUGGACUUCUCGCAAGGUGUGGCCAUGGGUCUAUCAGCGUUGACCGAUUCUGUGGACUUCUCGCAAGGUGUGGCCAUGAGUCUAUCGGGGUUGACCGAUUCUGUGGACUUCUCGCAAGGUGUGGCCAUGGGUCUAUCAGGGUUGACCGAUUCUGUGGACUUCUCGCAAGGUGUGGCCAUGGGUCUAUCGGGGUUGACCGAUUCUGUGGACUUCUCGCAAGGUAAGGCCAUGGGUCUAUUGACAACUCCCUGUAAUAUUUGA